AAGAGAUAGAAGAAACACUGACAUCGGCGUGUCGGGGGUACGUGUAGCAAAGUACAUACUACCUAAUCCAAGCCGCUAACCACGGGAACCAAUCGGAGAUUUAAUUGAGAUAAAAAGAACCUUGUCACUUUGGCCAUUCGCAACCAAAAUUUGGGAGCUCUACAUACGAUUUUGCGACUUCUCUCACGUUACCAGCAAGACGUAAUAAAUUCUUAAUCGCAACAAAAGAGAAGCGUCUUGACUGCGACUGGGGGGAUGGCGUUAAAUACGAGAUAUAUCGAGCUCGCCAAGCAGCUGCACCCGCGGCUACAGCGUUUCUUCGCCAAGUACCCCCCGAACCAGAUCCUCCCGGCUUCGACGAGGACGAACACAAUCAAGGACGGUGCUACGCCGAACCCUUUCCUGCCGCACAAACACCCGGUAACUGGGAAAUGGCAUGAUCCGGAAUUCUCUCUGAGGCGGCAAGCAGAACUCGUAAAAUUGGCGAGGGAACAAGGAGUAGAGGAGCUGUUGCCAUUCACGUCUAAGGGCACAGAGGAGCGCAUACGGCACAGAGUUGCGCACGGGUUGAGGGUUCGUGGUACUGGUGUUGGACAAUCCGUCAAGGGUCACUUGCACGAAAGAAUGCUGGCUGCCAAGAUGGAGAAGAGAAGAACGGCUAUGUUGGGCAUGCCAAGACUUGUCAGAGAAUGGCGGAAGAUCGGGAAGAACAGGUGGACCAAAUAUCCACGAUGAACAAUCAUGUCAUGACUUUACGAUGCCGGCAAGGAAGAAAUGUACAAAAUUUAUAUAUUACUCUAUUCAAGAGAAUUGGAGAAAUAUUUCAACAAGUCCAGGAGUUAUCAUUACUACCGUGUCGUAAGACAGUCUUCCUAUUUGGUGCUAAUAUCAGA